AUGGGGAAGAAUAAGUUCAUUGACAAGAAGAAAUCCGCCACAUACCAAAUACUCGCCCGUGAUACUUCCGACCCGAAUUACUCAUCCGGGCCAUCCGGCGACAGAGUUUUCGUCAGAGUCGAUAACAACCAAUAUCAAGUUGAAGGCUUUUCCGACGACGAGGAGAAUGAGCAUUAUCAAAAUGACGCCGUCCCAGCUGACGACCCCGAUUCUAUCUUCGCCGAUGCACCGGAUGAUUACGGGUAUGGAUCUUCCCGGAGUACAAGCAGAACCGGGUCAUUGUUGCCGGACCACAUUAGAAAGGAGAUACUCGAGCUCGGCUUUCCGGACGAUGGAUACAAUUAUUUACUUCAUCUGAGAGAGAUUAAGAAUUCCGGUGCCGGGUCCUUUUAUUAUGAGAAUCCUAAAGCUAAAUUUGAACCUCUUCCCCCUGAUGUGAAGGCUUAUAAUGCAUCAAAGGUAGAAAUUGCAAGAGUUAAGGAUGAUUCCGAUGAGACAUCAAUGUAUGCUGUUGCAUCCAAGACUCUGAAUGCAAAGGUUGAGAAAGUGGUUGAUGACGACAUAGCGGCCUUGCUGGAUGACAGUGACUUUGGUUCUGACGUGGAGGACUUGGAAGAGGACUUUGUGGUUAAGGCAAACCUUCCUGAAGCCGCAGUUGAUCUAGAACUUGAUAAAAAGCUCAAAUUGCUUGAGCAACCAAAGAAAAAGAGUGUAGAAAUGAAUGCUGUGGCUGUUUCUGGUAAAUCCGAAUCCUUGGUGGAAUCUAGAGACGAGAAGCCAAGAGCUCGCCGUCCUUUAGAUGAGCAGUUUGACCUGCUUGAACUUCAAGAAUAUGGGACUGAAUCGGAAGAGGAGAAUGGUUAUUAUGAUGAUUUUGAAGAAGAUGACAUGCGGGAAUCCCUUGCUGAAAAGCUUAAUCAUGCUUUGAAAGAUCGCCCUGUUGAUGGCACGGGUAGUAAAUAUGUUCAUUCAGGUUUUUUGCAAGACAAGCAGAAACUGGAAGACGUAGAGUCACCAGAAUCUACUGCUGAUGUUAUUCAGAAGUGCAAGGAAUAUGCAGAAGUUUAUGAAAAUGAAAGUGAAGAUGAAAAGGAGGUGGUUUUCAUGGAAAGUAGUGAUGAAUCAGAAGAAUGGGACUGCGAGACAAUUGUUUCUACAUAUUCAAACCUUGAUAAUCAUCCUGGAAAAAUUGAAACUCCAGGAAUAAGAAGAAAAAAGAAGCUGACAGAAGCAUUUUCUGGAAACCUGAGUUCCUCAGAAAAAAUAAUUGCUCUUAAAGGGAAAGAGAAGCUUCCUGUAGACUUUUUGCCUGGUGGUAGAAAAGCUGCUGGGGAUAAGGCGAAGGAUGCAAAUGUUUCCAAACCUGACCCAAUCAAAAGAAAACAACAUGGUCAGGAGUCAAAGGAAGAAAAGAAAGAGCGCAAGGCUGCUGUAAAGGAAGAACGGCGCGAGGCACGCAAAAUGAAAAAAGAAAUUAAGGGUCUUUACAAGAGUGAGGUGCAGCGUGCUCAGAGGUUUGCUGCAGUUGCUGGUCCAUCUUCUGUUCAUAUAAUUCUUUGGCUGAUUGUCCAGGCUGAGUUCUCGAUUUUUAUGAUGAAUGGAUUGGAGCUUGAAGUUAAUUCUGAGGCUUUCUGA